AUAUAGAAUUUGCUGAAUUUUUACGUGUUUUAGCCGAACCAUUACCAACAACAUUUCGUAUAUCAUCAUUUUGUCAGGGACAAGCACAACGAAUGCGUGAUAUAAUACAAAGUGAUUAUAUUAAAGAUUGUCAAUUGGAAAAUAAUGUCGAAUUAAUUGGUGGUAAAAAAUUGGACAUUUCACCCAUUCCAUGGUAUCCGAAUAAACUUGCAUGGACCAUAAAUCUUACGAAAACAGAGAUACGAAAAUCUCGUACAAUUAAUUUGCUUCAUAAAUUUUUGAUUUGUGAAACUGAAACUGGCGAUAUUAGUCGACAAGAAGCUGUAUCAAUGAUUCCACCGUUAUUGUUGGAUAUCAAACCUGGUCAGACUGUUUUGGACAUGUGUGCCGCUCCUGGAUCAAAAACUGCACAAAUAAUCGAAAUGUUACAUCAAGAAUCUGGAUCUACAUUCAUUUCGGGUGAUUGUAAAACGACAAAUGAUGUCAAAUAUUUGGAUGGAUUAGUCGUCGCUAAUGAUGUGGAUAAUCGACGUUGUUAUAUGUUGGCUCAUCAAUCUAAACGAUUAUCAAGUUCAUGUGUAGUCAUCAUGAAUCAUGAUGCAGCUAAUCUACCGGAUUUUUAUAAAAAUGAUCCUGAAAAAGGAAAAACUGUCCUAAAAUUUGACAGAGUUUUAGCCGAUGUACUUUGUUCAGGUGAUGGAACAUUUCGAAAAAAUUAUGAUGUUUGGACUAAAUGGAGUGCAGGAAAUGCAAACAAUUUACACAAUAUACAGAUAAAAAUUGCCAAACGUGGUCUAGAGCUUUUAGCCAAAGAUGGUAUUAUGGCUUAUUCAACGUGUAGUUUGAAUCCAGUGGAAAAUGAAGCUAUUAUUGCUGCAUUAUUGAACAUGGCUCAAGGAGAUUUAGAAUUAAUGGAUGGAUCCGCCAUUCUACCUGAACUUAAAUGUCAUCCUGGUAUCGAUUCCUGGAUUGUGAUGGAUAAAGAUAAUCGUAUUGUUGCCAGUCCUAAAGAAGUGCCGGAAAAAUAUCUACCACAAAUUCGUAAUACACAUUUUCCACCCGAAAAUGCAAAAGAAUUGAAUUUAAAAUAUUGUAUGCGUAUUAUGCCACAUUAUCAAAAUACUGGUGGUUUUUUCAUUGCAUUAAUCCGAAAGAAAACCGACACUUUAUGUUGGGAGAAAGAAUCGGAUGAUAAUGAAAAAAAGAAAAAAACAGAAGAAGAAAAAGGAGAACAACAAACAAAUGAAGAUGGUAAUAAUAACAAGAAUGAGGGUGAUAAUAAGAAAAAUGAUCAAGAUAAAAAGCAAAAAUACACCGGUUUUCGUGAAGAACCAUUCUAUUUUAUUGAUGAAAAUGAUGAAGAUUGGAUAGCAUUAAAAUCGUAUUUUAAAUUUCCUAUGAAAUUCAUGGCCAAUCAAUUGGCACAUCGAUGUGUACAAGGAAAACGUCGUAAUAUUUAUUAUAUGACGGAAAAGGCUGCCGAUUUUAUUCGUAUGAAUAAAGAUAUGAAAAUCAUUAGUGGCGGUGUACGUGUGUUUAAUCGUACCGAUGUGAAUCGUGUUUGUCCAUACCGUAUUACACAGGAAGGAAUAUCAUCAAUAUUUCCUUAUUUUAUAGCAAAUCUUGAUAGCUAUUCACCAAAUAAUGAUGAAAAAUCAUUCACUAUUGUUGAAGUUGAAUUAAAUUUUUUCAUUGAAUUAUUAAAACAACAGGAUAUAAAAAUUGAACAAUUAGAUGAACGUAUACAAAAAUUAUUAUCAUCGAUACCUUCAGGUUGUUUUAUAAUGUAUGUACGGCUACGUCAAGAUUGGCAAAAUGAAGAUUCAUCAUCAUCUAGAUUUAUAUUGCCUAUGUGUGUUUGGCGUGGUAAAAGUUUACUUCGUGCUUAUGUUGCUAAAAAUGAUCGUUCACAUUUACUUAGACUUUGUGGAUAUGAACCAAUUUCGGCUACAAUAACAACCACAAUAGCAGAUAUUAAAGUUUAAAAUAUUAAUUUAGGUGAAAAUAAACGAUCAUUAAAUGACGAUCAUGAUGAUAAUGGCUGUGACAA